CAGGCACUAUUGAAAGAUCAAAGUCAGAAACAGCCCUUUGAGACAGUUCAUGCUACUAAGCAUCAGUGAUCUAAGUAGGGAGACUGCUACUGUGCUCCACACAUCCCUGGCCAAAGGAAUUCAAACCAGCAACUCCUCUCAAGGUUUCAUGAAAGAAGGAUACCAGAUGAAAUCAAAUGGCUGCCUUUCUCCAAAGAUCAUUAUUUUUCCUGGUAUACUCUGCUUUGGCACAUACUGUUUUUUCAGGCAUUCUCAGACCACAUGACAUUUCCAAAUGGCCUAAGCCUCCAUGCCAUUUAUAUCAACCACUGGAACCUUUUUAUGAAGCCGACUGUCCUAAUGUGACAGCAUACGUGUGUGCUAAAAACAACCAUAUUUAUCAGAAUGAGUGUUUUUUCUGCAUUGACAAGUGGGAAUUUGGUGCUGAUGUCCAAUUUGAGAAAUACGGAAAAUGUAACUAAAGAGUAACAGAAUACCUUCACUUGUUUUCUAUU